CUAGCGAAUCCGCUUGCAAGCACUUUCGACCAAUCCUGGAUGGCAACGCUCGUUCCUGGCGUUCCUGUUCCUGGAUGCAAAGUUGUGUCGCAAGAGAUUCAUGUCGUUCGUGAAAAGCUCGUGAAAGUUCCGCGACUCGAAGUAAACCUUUUCUGUGAUUGUGUGGUGAACUGAAGUGAUAAUGUCGUUUUAAGUGCUUCUUGCGGACUUGGACACCUAGGGCGUGGUGCUCUUCUUGGCGAUGAACGGAAUUUAAGACUACUUGUUCUUCGUGAUGAUGAAGCAGACGCGAAGAACAAUGAUGCUGGAUAAAGCUGAAGCUCAGGAGGCGGUGAACAACUACAUGUCCUCUGUAGCUGAAUUGACCGUGAACAGUAAACCCCACAUUAACGCGCUCACCUUUCUUGCUGAAGAUUAUUUAAAUUACGCCGAGGCCAUUGUUAAAGCAGUUGAUGAUCAUCUCCAAAAGGUACCCAGCAACGUGAAACUACCCAUCUUGUACCUCAUCGACUCCAUCAUCAAAAAUGUGCGAAAAGACUACAUUAGCCUCUUUUCCCGCACCAUGGUACAGUCAUUCAGUACAGUUUUCAGACAGGUUGAUGAAAAGACCAGACAACAGAUGUAUAAGCUUCGACUGACAUGGAAGGACAUCUACUCUCAAGAGGAUCUUUAUGCUAUGGAUGUUAGUGUUAACGCAUUGGAUCCUAAUUGGCCAAUAACAGCAGCACCCCCUCAACCACCCCCGCUCAAAAUUCACAUCAACCCCAAAUUUCUGAAACCUAGUUCUGCUGCUGUCCCUGCUGCAGACGUCGUUCCCGAGGUGAUAGGCGCUGGAGGAACUAGUCCUGAUAUUGCUCCUGUAGUGGCUGCGAUUGUGCCAGAGCCAGAUAAAGCUGCCAAGUUGCGAGAGCAACUUCUUCAAAGAAAGAAAGAACUUCUACAACUGCAAAAGGAAAAACUUGACCUUGAACUUUCACAAAUAAAAAAGUUAGAGGAGGAAAAGGAGAAAAAAGUUGUCACUCACUUGAAAGAAAAGAUUCCUCUUCAAGUACCUGUUUCUAGUAAAGAGAAACCUAUCAGUGUGACACCAUUAAGAGUGGAAAAUGUAGCAAUGAUCAAAGAAGAAGGCAAGAAAGUUGUGAAACUUGAGGCACCUAAGAAGGAGGCAGCAUUUCCUUCACCAGACCCAGCAUUGCCAGCCCCGUCUAGUCACCCUAAAAUAGCUCCAGUUAGCAUGGGUCUGGUCAACCUCGUUACAAGUACACGCGCUCAGAGAGACCCUCGUCUUUCAAAGUUGAAAGAAGAAACCCCUAUAGAAGUACAGAAAGAUGAAUCAACAAAAUCUCAAGGAAGAAGUAAAGAUCCGAGGUUAAGCAGCAAGCGUUCAAGGUCAUCAGAUAAGGACUUAUCUAAGGGAAGCAGAGCGCAUUCAAGGGAUGUUUCAGCUGAUAGAAGUAGUAGUAGACAUUCUAGUCGAAGAGAAGAUAGAGAAAAGCGUUCAAGUGAAAGUAGGAAGUCAAGUAGGAAGUCUGAAGACCACAGUUCUUCAAGAUCAAAAACUGCAAGUAGCCGUUCACCUGGGAAAAGCUCCUCCAAACGUGAUAGGAGGGACAGCAACCGAAGUCCAAGAAAGUCCAGUUACUCCAGCCACAGGCCUGUGUCUGACGCUGGCGCAGAUUCUCCUGAUUCUGAUGCCUCAGAUGCUGUAGAGAGAGUAGUGUCCCCCAUCUCACCUCGUCCUGGUUCUGCAUCCGUUGCUGGUAGUUCUACCUGGCCUGUCAACUACACCAAAGGUACCCACAAGGGGCGCAACUAUCGCACCGACAAGAGCCUUCAAGAGGAGCCUCCAGAAGCUGUUAGUUCAACUGUAAGCAGCGACACGGACUUACGUGCACCUCCUGAGAAGCAGAUCCGCUUGGCAAAUUCCUCUGAAAGGUUACUUCAGUCAAGCUCUUCGACCUUAUCUCCUGGUGUACCGGAGCAAACUUUACCCACCAUAGCUUGUCAUGAUGUUGACCUACGCGGCUUACUCUCAUCACCAGGGAAGAAACGUCAUUCAGCUGAACCUGAGGAUGGACAACCACCAAACAAAAAAAAUAAGGCAGCUAGAAUAGAAUCGUUGUUUGGGACGCAAGAUGUUGACCUUCGUCAAAAUAGUGCAAUGGCUGUUGAGGCUCCUUCCCCUCCACCACCUCCCAUAAUCUCCUCACCUGAAGGACAAACACCACGAAAAGACGACUCUUUAGGGUGGUCCAAGUUCAAGCAAACGCUGACACCAUCACCAACAGUGGAACGUUCUCCUGCAUUUCCCAGAUCAUCGAGACAUGACCGCCUUGGUCGCUCUUCAGGAGAGAGUGAAUUAAGUCAAAAUGAGGAUACAGACAUGCGACUUCACAUGAACGGUCUUGAAUUGUCUUCAAAACCAGACUGCCAGGCUAUAUUGGCAAGAGCACAUGAGCAAGUGAAGAAUGGAACAAUGUCUGAUGCUGACUUUCAGCUGGUGCAAAAGCAGGUGAUUCGUUUACAUGAAUCUGAGAAAAUUCGGGAAGCCCAAAGAAAUGACUACACUCGCCGAGAUGCAUGGGAAAGGAGACCAAGAGAAAAGGAUUACAGGCAUGGAAUGGGAUCACCAGACCAUGAGCAGUUUGGCGACAUCGAUGAAAGGUAUCCGGGUCCCCGUCCAAGCAAGAAGCCUCUCCUUCCAUUACCUUCCCAGCCACCCAUGGCACCAGUGCACCCUCGUCACAUGGCGAUGAGCCAGCGCAUGUCUGGGCCCAUGGGAGGGCCUGUCUACCGGCCCCACCGCGGUAUGACUGGUAUGAUUGGCCCCAGGCCCGGGCCUCGCGGCUAUUACGGCGGCCCAUGGCGCUAUUCAAGGGGAGGACCACCCGGAUUCAAGGACACUGCCAGUUCCCUUCCACCUGCUGAUAACUUCAUCUUGGAGAGGAUUGCUCAGGACCCGAUGAGAACAAUCACUAUAGAUAGUAUUGCAAGAGAGAUUCGGUUUUACGGUGAAGAUGCUGUUGCUUUCUUAAGUGCUGACAAUCCAUGUGAAAUCUCUUUUGAUCCUGGUGAAGCUUCCAUCAUUAUUAAUGAGGUUGCAGUUCAUUGUGCAUUCCAUCAACCAGCAAAAGAGAUCAAUGUAUCUGGAAAAAUUUAUAGAGUCCGCUUAGGAGCCCCUACUAGAGAGUUGUAUGUGAAUGAUGAAGGUUUUGAGUGUCAAUUCAAUUGUCCCCCCAAAGAGGUAUAUCUUGCGACUGGGGAGGUCCUCUCAGUGCAGUUACAAUCAGAGGAGUGGCCCAAGGUCCAUGUUGGAAAUUCACGAAGAGAUUUAGUGGCAGGACGUGUUACACUCAUCAUUGAUGCCGAAGUUGCUGUUCCCAUUUUCUUGGAUGCCAAACCUCAAAGGUUCGACAUUGAUGGUGUGCCCCAUAUCAUCAAGUUUGCAGACGCCUUACAGACAAUUCUUAUCAACAACCGCCCGUUCAAUAUUCAAUUUGGUGGUUCCGCUGUGCCUGUUAUAGUCAAUUGCAAAAAACAUUACAUUCGUUUGACUGAGUUGCCGCCUGAUGUGGUUCCUGGUGAGGUGGAAAUUGUCAGCAUGAGUGGUAGGACCAAGAAACCCGCCUCUGGAAUGACACCACCAACGCGAGCCAAUGGGCAAUGGGCUGGUUCUAACCAAACAUCACAAAUCGAUAAUGGCGUGAGAAAUGCAGCAGAACUGGAACCAGACCAUGAUCCAGCUCUACCGAUGCACGAACCUGUUUUACCUGUUCGAGGAGGCUUAGGAGUGUUGAGUCGAGGAAUGCCGAAGAGAAUACCGAAGCCAAGGGGUCCUCGACCCACUAGGGAGAUGACAGAUUCAUUGAAGCCUGCCAGAGUUGAAGACAGACAGAUGCCUGCAGACCUUCUACAAGCCAUUCAACCUGGUCUUCCCUCUUUGCUUGGUCUAUUGCCUAACACCUCAGGCUACAGUUGCACUACCUCAACUGUUUCAGGAGCUUAUGCGAUGCGUCAGGGCGUUGGUUCUGGUGUUGCCCCUACAGCAGGCCCAGCACCCAAUGGUACUGAUGAUGCAGCACCGACUGCCUCAACAGCAGGCACAGAAUCAACUUCUUCUAAUCCUUCCGCUGGCAUUCCAUUCUUGGCACCAGAUCUUGAUAUCUCAAAACUAUUCCAAAGCCUCUAUGACACAGGAAUCAUGUCUUCUAUUUCCUCUCUGGUUGAUACCAAGAAAGAGAAGGUCAAAGAAGAAGAAGAUGCCAAGAAAAAGAUUCAUGUGGUUGAUUUUAAGGAGGCCUCAACUUCUUUCAAAGUAAAGCAACCUGCUCUUAUUGACAUUCUCUACUCUGGCAUUCAGUGUAGCUCCUGCGGAACUCGUUUCCCACCAGAGCAAACAGAAAAGUACAGUGCACAUUUGGACUGGCACUUUCGACAAAAUCGUAGAGACAAGGACUCAGCUCGAAAGCCUCAAAGCAGAAAGUGGUACUACGAUGUCUCUGACUGGAUUCAAUUUGAAGAGAUUGAUGACACUGUCGAUAAAGCGCAAAACUGGUUUGACAGUCAGCAAAGCGAAGCCUCUAAGUUUGAAGAAGCUGAAGAGGAAGAGAUUCAAAGUGUUCCAUCCAAAGAUUUUGCCGAGGGCGCAAUAUGUGAUUUGUGCCAUGAUAGAUUCGACCAGUAUUACAAUGAGGAGAAGGAAGAGUGGCACCUCAAGGACUGCCUGGUUGCGGACGGGCUCACAUACCAUCCAUUUUGCUACAAAGACUUCAGAGUCUCUCUGGAGUCCAAUGAAGAACCUCAAGAGCCUGCAGAAGCAGCAGCAGAAGCACCUGAGUCUGCAGAGGCACCUGAAUCUACAGAGGAUUCUGGGUCUGCAGAGGCUGCUCCAGAUGGAACUGACACAGUUUCCACUGCUCCCACUGAAGAUGAGCCGAUGCCUGCCAUUGAAAUAAAAAAGGAGCCCGAGGAUGUGGAAAUGAAAACGCAGGAUUCAGCCCAAGAGGAAGAGGCAGUUGAAACAGAAGGUGCAGUGAAGGAAGAGAAGUCAACUGGGGAAGAAGAAAAUGUUAAGAGGGAAACGGCGUCUGAGGCAGAUCCAGCAUCAGCUGUGGCGGUGGAUGGUGUUGAUGAGAAAGAAGGUGGCGAGCAAGUUCCAGAAGUUAAAGAAGAGGGGGCCAGUCCCAACCCAACUGUAAAACAUGAAUUAGAUGACAAACCAGCCGACAGCUCUGCUGAAAGAGAUCCUGUGGGAAAUCACGAUGAAGCUACAGAAGCCAAUGAAGAACCAGUUGUUAAAGAAGAAGUAGAGACUACUGAAGAACCAUCUGAAGCUUCCACAGUUGAUGAAGAGGCCGCAGAACCCAAGACCCUUGAUGAACCUCUACCCCCUCCUGUUAACACAAACGUGGGUGUUGUAUCAUGUUCAAUUGAUGGCAACCUGGACCUUGCACAAGCCCCAGCAGCUUUGCCGUCAGUUCCUAAUCGAAUAAAAAUUAAUAUUUCUAAGCCUAUUUUUGUGAAACCUGAGGAGACGGAAGAUGAGUCUGACAAGGCCAGUGAGAGUGAAGACCAAGACGAAAAGGCCAAGGCUGGCUCAUCAGAGCCUUCCAGUGAGCAAGCAAUAGUGCUCAAGCCUAAGCUUGUUGGCAGAAAGCUUACAGAGCUACCUGCUAAAGUGAGAGGAAACGAAACAUCUGGGCUAUGCUCAGUCAUGUAAUCAGUCCAAUUUUUGUCUGUUUACUUUGUUAAUUAUUUUUGAUAGGCUCAAUGGAUGAAUCUAAUCACAUAUUUUAUGGAUAAAUGAACUGAUCCAAUGAAAUGAAGAAGUUUUCAAAGACUUGCUUUUUCUUUCCUUACAAAUUAAAACAAAACUAGGUCAUUGCCUUUGAUCUAUUAUCUUUCAUGUAUGGUUUCCAUUCUUAAUAACGAAAAUGUUAAUUGUGAAGUGUGCUUAAUUGUAACCAAUCUGUUAAAUUACUAGCACAAACAAGAAACUUGAAUCACAUUUUGUUUGAUCUCCUGCAGUAUACUUUUUUCUUCUUUGUUCUUGGAAUCACCAAGUUAUCUUUUGUCUUCUGUUUGUUAAUCAAUUUGUGCAAUGUGUAAGUUCUUUCUUACAGUGGCUUAACUUGCAAGAAAUGUUCUGUUUGCUAUGACAUUGGUGUGUAUCCCAAGUGGAUGUUGGUUCUAGUCUGAAAGCCUUGUUGCAUAAUUUUAUCGUUGUACCACAGAAUUGAUUUACUGUAAGGAUGGAUUUACACUAAAAGUGUAUGGUAACCCACGACAACUUCAAGGUGUUUUAAGGUGUAGCAUUCUGGUGUGGUGUGUGUCAAAGUGCACUUGGUUUUUUUUUCUUUUUUUUUUUCUUUUGAAAUCUUAUGUGUCAGUUGCAGUUUAACCAUGAUUACUUCAUUUGUUUUAUUGUUGGUUCUCAGGGUUGUUUUCUUUUUCCCACUAAUUAAUCUGUACUGAGUCUUUUUAUGGUGUUUGAUUGUCUUUAUUCCAUGGGAAAAUGUUCAUCUCACAGUCAUAUUGGAUUGAUGUUUUUCAUCUUGCACAACCUUUGUUUUUGUUUUUAAUUUUACUGGUUUUCACUCAACUGAUACUUGUGCACCAAAUCGAUGCUCCCCCUAUUUU